AUGGCAGAUUCAAGUGGAACCUCUAACCGUUCGAAUACAUGCCUUCCGAUACAUGGACUGAGAGAAGAGAGGGAAAGAAAGAAGAAGAAGUGUAUCUUAGCUACUUGCGCGAUCCAGACACGGACCAAGAACGGUGACAACUUUGUUGGUACUGGAAGCCUCGUGAAGGAGUUCUUUGAGAAUUGUGAUCAAAAAAUACAUUUGAUCACAAGCGAAAAGGUUUUGUCAUCCCAUGAUUUAAGUUGCUACUUUUUAUGGUUCAAGAGGCUAGAUGGCCGCAGCAACAAAAAAUGGAGGGGGCUACUUAGUAUAUGCAAGAGAGAGGUCCGCAUCUCACAUGGCCUCGCAUUUGUACCUGUUGACCGAACGAAAUUUAACCCUUUUCAAAAACGUGAUUCCGGUAUACUGACUCACCGUCCAUUUACCAUAUGCGCUGAAGGAAAGGAAGGUUUAAGAAAUUCUAAAUUACACUGUCACGUUGUUGAGGUACCCGAAGAUAAAUUCGCCAUAAAACAAUACCAGGUGUUAGGGAUCGCAGACGAAGAAGCAUAUCUCGUUGACCAUAAUUCCAUGAAGAUAGAAAGUACUAGCAUUUACAGCCAUAAUCGAAAAGGCCUUGGAGCUCCAUUUUCCAUUACAGGCGAAGACGGCAUAGCAAAAGCCGUGGGUGCCGUUACUCUUGGCAACAACCAGCAGAUUUCUUAUGUGCUGUUUUCACAGAUUGAUAGGAAACGUUUACCUUCAGGUUGGUAACUUUUGGCUGGUUUAGGGUACGUGUACAUAUCAUUGUAAGUCAACUCUUUAAAGUCUUGAACGUUUGGGAAUUUUCCCUUUCAACUCACGCUUGGACUUUUCCUGGAUUUUACCGAUCAUGAACAUUGCAGUGCCUAACUUUACUUGUUUUCUGAAAGAAUACAGCUUAAUUAGCUGUUCAUUAUCUAUUGAAAUCUAAAUUGGUUGCCCCUAUUACUUUUGACUUUGGUCCUUCAUGGUGAUUCUCUCUGAAUUUGAUCAGGUUUUUUUGACAAUUUAUUUUCCAACUUGGUACUCCUUGGACCAGAUAGAGUUAUACUGUUGGACUAAAUUUUGUUUCCUUACAAACACAGUAGAGUGACCCCACUCAGAACUUAAGCUCUGACCUCUCAACCAGGGAUUCAGCCCAUCAGCCACUCCAGAGAGUACUGAAUGGUCAUAUCUUCCACAUUUGACAAUAACUCUUUUUUGUUACCAGUAUCGACUGGGUUAGCCUGUUCAAGGCAUUCAGUUAGCAAAAUGAAGCCCUAUAGGAGGAAGGAAGGUUUUGGUUAGGUUUCCUGAAUGCUUAUAAAUUAUUCUGUUAUACAAAAAUACACGAGAUUCAUUUUUCUCCUUUUGUACACUGAAAACCAGUCAGAAGUGGGGCAGAAGGAUGUCAGGGACCAGAGGAAAGAGGUGUAGGAGGAGGAGAACAGCCAACAAGGGAAUCAGGGCAAGAAAGAAGAGAACAGCUAACAGGGGAAUCAGGGCAAAGAGGAGGAGGACAGCCAACAGGGGAAUCAGGGCAAGGAGGAGGAGGAGGACAGCCAACAAUGGCAUCAGGGCAAGAAGGAAGAGAGCAGCUAACAGGGGAAUCAGUGCAAAGAGGAGGAGGACAGCCAACAGGGGAAUCAGGGCAAGGAGGAAGAGGACAGCCAAUAAGGGAAUCAAGGCGUGGAAGAAGAGAGCAGCUAACAGGGGAAUCAGGGCAAAGAGGAGGAGGACAGCCAACAAGGGAAUCAGCACAAGGAGGAAGAGAACAGCUAACAGGGAUUUCAGGGCAAGGAGGAGGAGAACAGCCAACAAGGGAAUCAGGGCAAGGAGGAGGAGAACCACCAACAGGGGAAUCAGGGCAAGGAGGAGGAGAAAUGCCAGGAGAACCAGGGCAAGGAGGAAGAGAACCGCCUACAAGGAAAUCAGGGCAAGGAGGAGGAGAAACACCAACAGGGGAAUCAGAGAAAAGAGGAGGAGAAUUGCCAACAGGGGAAUCAGAGCAAAGAGGAGGAGAACCGCCAACAAGGGAAUCAGAGCAAAGAGGAGGAGAACCACCAACAGGGGAAUCAGGGCAAGGGAGAGGAGAACCACCAACAGGGGAAUCAGAGCAAGGAGGAAGAGAGCAGCCAACAAGGGAAUCAGGGCAAGGAGGAGGAGGAACGCCAGGAGGAGAACCAGGGCAAGGAGGAAGAGAACUGUGUACAAGGGAAUCAGGGCAAGGAGGAGGAGAAACACCAACAGGGGAAUCAGAGCAAAGAGGAGGAGAACCAGCAACAGGGGAAUCAGAGCAAAGAGGAGGAGAACUGCCAACAGGGGAAUCAGAGCAAAGAGGAGGAGAACCGCCAACAGGGGAAUCAGGGCAAGGAAGA